AUGACGUCUGCGGAAUCUACGGAGGACUCAGCGCAUCCUGAAGAAAAGUCACCGGAGCAGCAGCCGGAACAUCAAGAGCAACACCAAGACGAUGCCCUCAAAACUCUCAAAUACCACCUGCUUGGGCCUUCGUUGACCAAGGCCGGCCAAGACAAAGUCGACCAAAGCAAGAUUCAGGUUUCGGAGAUUAUUUACAAUGCGUCCAAGGGAUCCAAAUUCUUCACCCGUGAAGAGGAACGAGACAAGAUCCUUACGAAAAAGAUUGAGCAGAUUCUGUCCAGGAAGAAAAAACUGGAACAGCAAGAUCUGACGCGCGACCUGCGAAAUGCCGACCGUCUCCUCGCAGAGCUCGAGCUGUCCAGAGACCUAACACAGCACAUAGUGCAUCUUGACUGCGAUGCUUUUUUUGCGGCCGUGGAGCUACUCGAACGGCCCGAUCUCAAAGAUGUUCCCUUUGCAGUUGGCGGUGGUGUUCUCACUACGUGUAACUACGUCGCGCGCCAGUUCGGCUGUCGAUCAGGCAUGGCUGGCUUUGUUGCUAAGAAACUUUGCCCACAACUGAUCCUUAUCAAACCAAACUUUCACAAGUACGGUGCAAAGGCUCAGGAAGUGAGAGAGGUGCUGGCGAAUUAUGAUCCGCGUUUCGAAAGUGCCAGCAUUGACGAGGCAUACCUCAACAUUACGGAAUACUGCGACGAACACAAUAUGGAUCCGGCAGCAGUAGUGGAACAGAUGCGGAAGGAAGUCCAGGAAAAGACGAGCAUUACAGUGUCGGCAGGAAUUGCUGCAAAUGCCAGGCUGGCAAAGAUUUGCUCAAACAUUAACAAGCCGAAUGGACAGUACGUCCUCCCUAGCGAGAGAAGCGCCAUCAUGGCGUUUAUGCGGGACUUGCCAACAAGAAAAGUCAACGGCAUCGGUCGAGUCCUUGAGCGCGAACUCUUGGAGAUUGGAGUCAGGACAUGCGGCGAUCUGUAUGAACAGCGGCAGUAUCUAAACCGGCUAUUUGGAGACAAGUAUUAUGUGUUUCUCCUCCGCUGCUAUCUGGGGCUUGGCCGCACAAAGAUUCAGCCCGCGGAAGAGUAUGAGCGCAAAAGCGUCGGAACGGAGAGUACGUUCCACGACAUAUCGGACCCUGCAAAGCUGAGAGACAAACUUCGCUCAACGGCUGAGGCUCUGGAGAAGGACAUGAAAAAGAAUGAGUGCAAGGGCCGCACACUCUGCAUCAAGAUAAAGCUUCAUACCUUUGAAGUUUAUACCCGACAGGUCGUCCUGCCAAAGUCGAUACAGCUUGCCGACGACUUGUACAACUAUUCAUUACCGAUGCUUGCGAAACUGGAGCAAGAAAUACCAGGCAUGAAGCUGCGGCUCAUGGGGUUGCGGUGCACACAUCUAGUCAGCACCAAGAAGCCUGAUACUAUGGCAUUCUUUGGGUUCAAGCCUCGCCGACAGGAUGCUGGAGAAUCGAGUGAUGCUGGGAUGGUCAAGAGGAAAGCGAGUGAGCCAUUGGAAAAAGAAGAAGAGUGGGAAAGGUUGGGCACAGAUGACGACGAUUUACUGGAAGAUUUAGACGACAGCCUGGAGAAUGUAUCUCACGAACAGGAGGGUGAAGAAGAUGAGAUGCUGCAGGACCGAAGACAUGGGAAGGAGAUUGUGCCCAAUCCACCUCCUGAACGCGGGGCUCAGCCGGAGGAGGACUGGUGGGAGUGUCCGAUAUGCCUCCGCCCACAGGCGGCAAACGAACGACAGUUCAACGAGCACAUCGACUUGUGUUUGUCUCGACAGACGAUUCGGGACGCGGUCCAGGCUGACGACCCGAAAGAAACGAAGCAUGUCCCGCCUGACGUGAACAAACGGCCCAAGCUGACGGAGAAGAAGCUGACAGAGAAGAAGCGGGGCCGUCCGCCUUCUACAGAUCCCAAGCAGAAGAAGCUUUCUUUUUUCUGA